UUUACUCUGCCAAUUUCCGCGGACACGUUCGUUCACUUCGCUGCAGAAUCCCAACAGCACCGACAGUUACUAUCAAUUGGGUAUUCUUUUCCUUGAGAGUAAACAGUUAUGGCAGAGAACAAACCAACACCGCCUUCUGUUCGCAUGGAUGAAUUUCAGAAUACUGUGAGCGAUUAUGGGACAGAAUUAGCAGGCGUUAAGCGACAGGUAAAAGCAGCUGCGACUCGACAGAAUGAAUUACAGGCAGUCUUAGAAAAGCAGAGAGCCACAACUGCUGAGCUGAAUGCUGAACUAAAUACACUUCGAGGCAAAGACUUAGAAGAAAAGGAGCGUGAGAAGUUCCAUCUGGAGACUGUGAAGGAACUCAACCAACAGCUGAAAGCCUGCAAGUCUCAGCUCGAUUCCAUCCGCGCCCUCACUGUUUCCAUCCAAGAGCAGAUCACGCACAUAGUUGCUGAAUACGAGUGCAAGAGCAGAGAUCUCGUCAGAAGGUUCCAGACUUUGCAGCUUUUGGAUAAGGAUGAGGAAGCACCCGCUGAGAUUCUGACGGAGGAACACGCGAAAGAACUACAGGAAGAAGUAACAAAGCUGGAGACAUAUGCUGAAAACCUGUCACGUGCUCCUGGCUUGGGCCUUCCUCUUGAUUAUUUGCCUGACUUGCUAAGUGAAGUGAACAUGAAGAUCGGACACAUCGAGGAAGAAAAUAAAUCCUUGCAAGAAGCCAUAUUAGGCCAUCAGCAAACUUUCCAGAUGUUACAAGAUGCUUAGUUCAAGUCGUAUUGUGAAUGGCUUCAGUUAUCUCGCCUUUAGUAGAGAGGAGACCCCUUUUGUUUUCUUUAAAAGCCUGUUAUAUUAAUGAUGAUGUUUAUUGUUUCAUGUGAAAGAUUUACUCUUUAAUUUCUCAUAAUCUGUAUGUUGAAAUCUAACAGAAAAAAUAUAUAUUCAUCACAGUUUUUGAGUAUGUUAAAACACAGAGCAGGCUUAUAGUCAUGGUUAAAUAACUGUGAAAAGGUCCUUUCGAAAGAAAAAGGAUUCAUAUCGGAUAUCGGUGAACUGAAGUGUUGUGCCCGGAACUCUACGCAGAUUACAAUGCACAAUUUGUUAGAGAGUCCAAAGUACUAGCAUUUUAUUUUCAUGGAUUUUUUUUUUUUUUUUGACAAAACAUUUUUGUAAGUGGACAAGUAAUCCACACUAAGUGUAGGUUAAUGCUUUGAGUGGUUCAAGUUGCAAAAUAAAGUAUAUAA